AUGACAUCGAGUCUGACUUAUUUCAUUAUACUUAGUAUCGUGGCUGUAUUAGAUGGCAGACAAUUCCGCUGUGACUACAGAUUCUUUUCGGAAGCAGAGGGUUAUCUGAAGUUGCAUCGCGUGCCCGCAAACUGGUUCGAAGCACGACUGAGAUGUCAUCUCGAAGGAGGUAAGCUAGCUUCACCAUCGACACAAGGCCUCAUAAAUGCAAUGAAACUCCUGAUCGACGGAGCAACUGGCGACAUGAGUUGCGGAAUCUUCACCGGGAUACAUGCUACCUUUUCAAGAGGAGAUUUCCAUACGAUAGAAGGAGUUCCUCUUUCGAAGAUUCCCCACACUUGGGCUGUGGGUGAACCAGACAAUUUCAAGGACGAAGAGAGCUGCAUAGCUAUGCUUCAGGAUGGCAACGUGGCUGACGUGAACUGCAACGAGCCUCUUCCCUACAUCUGUUACAAGAAAAAUACUAAAACGAUGUUUAUGUCUAACUGUGGCACUACGGACAGUGAAUACGUGUUCGACUCGCGUACCGGCAGCUGCUACAAAUUCCACACCGUGCCGCGCACUUGGUCCCGUGCGUACAUGACCUGUGCGGCCGAAGGUGGCUACUUAGCCAUCAUCAACAGCGAGACAGAGGCGCAACUGAUCAAGGAGAUAUUCGCAAAGCACCCACCCGCCUCAAUGCUUGGAAACUUCUGGAAGGCGGCCGCUUUCGUUGGUUUCCACGAUUGGAACCAACAUGGCGAAUGGUUGACUAUUCAUGGUGAAACGCUCAAAGAAGCUGGAUACGACAAGUUCUCACUCGGUGAGCCCAACAACGCAACAACUGGAGAGUUCUGUGGUGCUGUGUACCGGUCGGGGCUCUUUGAUGACCUCUGGUGUGAAAACAAAUACGCCUUCAUUUGCGAGAAGAGCCCAGACAGUUUAGUCUGCGAAAAUUAA